AUGGAGCGGCUUCUGUCCCGCGGGCUGGGUCUGCGGGGGGUUCUUGCGUCGGUUUUCUUCCUCCUGGGCUGCGGGGGUCUCGCUGAGACCCCACAGCCCCACUUUCUGCAGGCGUUGGAGCCCCCGGAAGCAUCUCCUCACUCAGGCUCAGAAACCCCCCGGACAGAACCUUCGCUCUCAGUCCCAACGCCGCCGCCGCCUCCCCCGGGGCACGUCCUGCACCUGGAGCUGCUGGUGGCCGUGGGCCCAGACGUCUACCGGGUCCACCGGCACGACACGGAGCGCUACGUCCUCACCAAUCUCAACCUGGCGUCAGAGCUGCUGCGGGACCCCUCCCUGGGGGCUCAGUUCCACGUGCACCUGGUGAGGAUGGUCGUUCUGAAGGACGCCGAGGCUGCCCCGCCCAUCACAGCCAACAUCACCGCAUCGCUGCGGAGUGUCUGCCAGUGGGGCCGGGCACUCAGCCCCCAGGAUGACAGGGACCCCGGGCACGCUGAUCUGCUCCUCUACAUCACCAGAUUUGACCUGGAGUUGCCUGAUGGUAACCGGCAGGUCCGGGGGGUCACCCAACUGGGGGGUGCCUGUUCGCCCUCCUGGAGCUGCCUCAUUACUGAGGACACGGGCUUUGAUCUGGGAGUUACCAUCGCCCAUGAGAUUGGGCACAGCUUUGGCCUGGAACACGACGAGGGGGCGCCCGGCUGCAACCCCCAGGGCCAUGUGAUGGCGUCUGACGGCAAGCCGCCCAAGCCAGGCACUGUCCACUGGUCGCCGUGCAGCCGGCAGCAGCUGCAGCGUCUGCUCAGUGCAGGCCGGGCUUCCUGUGUGAGGAACCCGCCAGGGCCGCUGCCUGGGCUUGUGGGCUGGCCCCCCCAGGCGCUGCCCGGCCUCUACUAUGGCGUGGAUGAGCAAUGCCGCGUGGCCUUUGGCCCCACCGCCGUGGCCUGCACCUUCAUCAGAGAGCAGGAGGACCCAUGUGAGGCUCUGUCCUGCCAGACAGACCCCCAGACCCCUGGCAGCUGCAGCCGCCGCCUCACACCCUUGCUGGAUGGCACCGAGUGUGGGGUGGAGCAGUGGUGCUUCCGGGGUCGCUGCCGUUCGCUGGCUGAGCUGCCCCAAGUGGAGGCGGUGCACGGGCACUGGUCUAGCUGGGGGGCCCCCGGGCCCUGCUCCCGCUCCUGCGGUGGAGGCGUGGUCACCCGGAGGCGGCAGUGCAGUGACCCCAGGCCUGCCUUUGGGGGGCGUGUGUGCGAAGGGCCGGACCUGCAGGCUGAGAUAUGCAACGCCCAGGCCUGUGACCAGACGCAGCUGCAGUUCAUGGCCCAGCAGUGUGCAGGCACCAACCCGGAGCCCGUGCGCCUCUCGCCGAGCACUUCCGCGCUCUACCGCUGGGGGGCGGCCGCGCAGCACAGCCAAGGGGACGCUCUGUGCCAGCACCUGUGCAGGGCCAUUGGCCAGAGCUUCAUCAUGAGGCGGGGACACAGCUUUCUGGAUGGGACCCGGUGUGUGUCCGGCAGCCCGAGGGGGGACAUGCCCCUGAGUCUGUGCGUGGCAGGACGCUGCCGGGCGUUCGGCUGUGAUGGCAGGAUGGACUCCCCUCGGGCCCCAGACGCAUGUCAGGUGUGUGGCGGUGACAACAGUACCUGCAGUCCCCGGAACGGCUCAUUCGCAGCUGGCAGAGCCGGAGAGUAUGUCACCUUCCUCACGGUCACCCCUGACCUCACCCACAUCCACGUCGUCAACCACAGGCCGCUCUUCACGCACCUGGCCGUGAAGGUCGCCGGGCGCUAUGUGGUGGCAGGGAAUGCCCGCCCAUCGGGCAGCACUGUGUACCCGUCAGCGCUGGAGGAUCUGCGCCUGGAGUACCAUGUGAGCCUCACCGCAGAGCAGCUGCCGCACCGCGAGGAGAUUCGCAUCCCUGGCCCCGCCUGGGAGCCCAUGGAGGUCCAGGUGUACAGGCGUUAUGGGGACGAGUACGGAACCCUGUCCCGCCCGGACAUCACCUUCACCUACUUCCAGCCUGAGCAGCAGCGGGCUGGGGCCUGGGCCUCUGUGCGGGGGCUCUGCUCCGUGAGCUGCGGGGCAGGGCGGCGCUGGGUGACUUACCGCUGUGUGGACCAGGCAUCUGGGUGCAGAGGGAGCCCACCGGCGGCGUGGCCAGAGCCCUGUGAUCUACAACCCUGUCCUGGACUGUCACCGCUCCCUGCUCCCACGGCCAUCCUUGCUGCCCCCAGCAGAGGGGUGCCUGCGGCCCACUCGUCGGCCUGCGGUAUGGACAGGGAAUCGAGAAAUAGGACGUGUGUGCAGGGGACAGGCGGCCUGCAGGGGCCCACCUGGGCCCACGCCAUGAACCCACCACCUUCCACGCCGGGGCCCCACCCCCAGAUGUCCUGGCCUCCACCCCAGGGCCACCUGCUCCCGCAGGCUCCCAGGCACGAGGCUGCAGCAUCCCAGCAGAGUGGCAGGCGGGGCCCCCAGGCUGCCGGAGUGUGGGUCCCCCUGACAGGGCCAUGCUCCGUAUCCUGUGGCCGAGGCCUGACAGAGCUGCGCUUCAUGUGCGAGGACCCCUCUCUUGGGACCCUCCUCCCGGAUGCACUCUGCGCCCCUGUCAGCAAGCCUGAGAGCCGGCAGGCAGCAUGCCAAGCUGCCCGGUGCCCAGUUCGGUGGCGGUACAAGCCGGCGGCCUGCAGCGUGAGCUGUGGCGGGGGCAUCGCCAGGAGGAUCCUGUACUGUGCUCGGGCCCGUGGGGACGACCAGGAUGAGCAGAUCCUGCCUGACACCCAUUGUCAGGCGUUGCCCCGCCCGGAGCCACAGGAGGCCUGCAGCACCCAGCCCUGCCCGCCCCGGUGGAAGGUCGUGUCCCUUGGGCCAUGCUCAGCUAGCUGUGGCCUCGGCAGCGCCCUGCGCUUGGUGGCCUGUGUGCGGCGGGACGGAGGUCAGGACGUGGCCCUGAACGGGGCAGCCUGUGCCGGUCUGCUGCAGCCCCAGGCCCACGUCCCCUGCAUGGUCACUGACUGUGCAUACCGGUGGCAGCUCGGGGCCUGGACACAGUGCUCCGUCUCCUGUGGGAUUGGCACCCAGCAGCGGCAGAACGCCUGCCUCGGACCCCAGGCACCUGUGCCCGUCACUUUCUGCCACCAUCUGCCCAAGCCGACCACUGUACGGGGCUGCUGGGCCGGGCCCUGCGCAGAGCGGGGCUCUGGCGGCCCAGUGCCCCCCAAGGAAGCCACGUUUCCAGGACCCACCUCAGCGCCCCCCACAGAGGCCUCUGCCCAGGGAUCCCGGCCCCCAGCCCCUCGGCCUCUGGGGGAAUCUGGGCCCUGUGGCCGGCAGCUCCUUGAGCCCUCGGGCACCCUGGACCUGCGUGGCCCAGGGUUGGCCGACUGCGUGGUGUCCAUCGGGCGGCCCCUGGGAGAGGAGGUGACCCUGCGUGUCCUUGAGACGUCCCUCAACUGCAGCGCCGGGGAUGAGCUGCUGCUGUGGAGCCGGCUCACCUGGAGGAAGGUGUGCAGGAAUCUGGUGGGUGCCACCCUCAGUUCCCACUGCAACACGCUGGUGGUGCGGCAGCGCCGAGGCCAUUCUGGAGGAGGUGGUGUGCUGCUGUACUAUGGGAGCCGCCCAGCCUCAGGGACCUUCCACAGAGAGUGCGACACGCAGCUCCUGGGCCCCCAGGGGGACAUCAUCAGCCCCUCAUUGGGGGCAGCAGGGACCAGUGCGGGGGGCUGCCGUGUCUUCAUCAGUGCAGCCCCAGACACCCGAAUCGCCAUUCGUGCCCUGGUCACCGCUUCGGGCACUGGAGCCACGGGCCCCGAGGCCAGCUAUGUCUCGAUCCGGGACCUGCACCGACCGAGGACAACCACCUUCCAUGGGCAGCGGGCACUCUACUGGGAGUCCGAGGGCAGCCAGGUGGAGAUGGAAUUCAGCCCUGGCUUCCUGCAAGCCCAGGCCAGCUUGCAAGGCCAGUACUGGACCCUUCCUUCCAGACACAGUAGUGUCCCAGCUGGCUCUGGGAGGCCCCUCGGAGUACUGGAAACCACGGAGGAAUCCCUGGCGGCCCUGUGACCCCAUGGAGCCCUCUGAAGUUGGGGGUCUCAGCUUUCC